UUCACGAUGGAUUUCACGAUGCUCUUCUUUUCCAAAUCCUCUGCCUUUUCCACCAUCGACCAUCGAUCAUCUACCUUUUCCAGACCAUCGAUCUCCUUCAUCAGACCACCGAAGACGGGAUCGCAACGUCCUUUCCCAUUCCCUUUCACGAUGCUCUGGCUUUCCCAAUCCUCUGCCUUUCCCAUCGCAUCCGAUAUCUCCUUCCUCAGACCAGCGAUUUGCUUAAGACCAUCGAUUUCCUUCAUCAGACCACCGACGACGGCAUCGCAUCCACCAUACCCACCAUCGCAUCCGAUAUCUCCUUCCUCAGACCACCGAUUUGCCUAACACUAUCGAUCUCACCCAUAUCCACUUCACUAGGUUUCACCACGUCGAAACCUUUACUGUUUUUCUCCCAUUGACAUCGAGUUGUGAGUACUGAUAGAGAAACACGCAUGGAAGAAGAAACAAAGAGGAAAAAGAGAGGAGAAGAAGAAGAAAAGAGGGAUACUGGCAGCAGAAAUUUCAGGGAUUGUUAUCUGCUCCAUCACAAAUAGCAGAGAAAGGGGCAUGGGAGGGAUCCUUCUCACAAAUCGCAGAAACUCAGGAUUUUAUGUUGAACUUGGAGGAAAGAGAGGAGGGAGAAGGGGAAAGGAAGGUUGCAAGUGACAAUGAAUUGAAUUUCAGGGACAACCGAUUGAAAGUGAGGAGAAUUAUACACCUCCUCCAAAUUGUUUUACUAUUGUUUUUUAGAAGAUAAAAUGCCUCUUAGAUUGGUAUUUUUGAAUGAAUUCUAAAGUAAUAUUCAUCAAAUCCGUAAAGAAGGGGAAGCAAUAUUCAUAAGGUGUAAAUUAGAAUCGGUGAGAACCACAAAGAAGCUCUACCUAGAGAUGAAUGUUUGGAAGCUCACUAUAUGUUUUGUAGGGAUUUGGCAUUUUGUUAUCUGGGUUAUUUGGUAAUACAACUACAAGACGAGCACAGUCAGGAGAGUAUAACUUAUCGUCAACAAGUGGAACAAGAGUUUAUAUUGAUUUGGAAAUUUCUGAGAUUGCUAAUUUCAAAGAUCAGUAUAGAAUUCAAUUAAAGGUUGAAGAUAGCUCAGAAAUGACCAUAUUCAUCAAAGAGGAAGAGAAAAAGAAUAGUUUACAUCUUUAUACACAAUAGCUUGCCCGUGCAUCGCACGGGUUAGUGACUAGUAUUAUAUAUAUAGAUACACACAAUUCUGUCCCUAAUUAGCCCUCCCACCCAAUAGCUAAACGCCUAGUUCCAUUGCUGAAAAUAGAGACUUACAGUUGGAGGCUGAAAGGUUGGACGUCCUCUGAGCAUUAAUCUCACUGGUUGGGUGGCAUCAGCAGGUGGAAUCUUUAAGAUUUGGAAUCUUUUAUUUUAGGGUUUAGGGUUGAGGGAGAGAGAGGGAGAUACAUUGGUGCAGAAAACAUGAAUGUGGUCCCUACAAAUGGACCAAACUACCUUCCCUUGAUCAUGGACAGGGGUUUUGUUGGUGUAUUGCAUGAUUGAUAUCUUUUCAAUUGGCUGUCUUGUUCCAUGCUUGAACCUGUUCGUAAAACACGAGAUGCAACGUUCUUUGUGAACAAUUCUAGUGAUAUUUAGGUUCCACGUGGACCAGAGCAGCCAGGUGCUGUUCAAAUUACCAUGCUGGAGCUGGCAGCACAAGGACAUGCUUCAAAGAAACUGGAAAGAUGAGUGUUAACAGUACAAGUUGGUUCAAAGCUGCUAGUUUACCAGCAAUUGCCUGUCUUUUAGCUACUCCUCUAGUCUUAUACAAGUUAUAUCCUCCUGAAACCAAAGACACACCAGAUGCCCCUGCCAUGGCUGCAAAGAAAUUGGAGCAUAUGGGUCCUGUUACAAGAAAUGAGUGGGUGAUGGUCGGUACAAUGCUCCUUGCAGUCCCUUUGUGGGUCUUUGGGUACUUAAUAUACCGACUAAGAUUAAUAAGGGGACUGUUGAAAUCAUCACCCCUGUAGAGCUUAUUAAGAAGGGUGACAAGGUUGGGUCCUCCAAGGCUGCCCUCCUUGCAGAGCUUGGCAGAAGGCCAUUCUCUUAUGGCCUCGUUGUUCUUCAAGUUUAUAACGAAUGACAAGGUCCUUUAUCUUGUCAAAGACGUAGAGGCACAUUACCAGGAACUUGAGAAAUACUGUCCAGUACGUUUGAUGCCUUCUUCCACCAUCGAACGUACGAGACGGUCUUUCUGAAGCUCCUUGUAAUGUCCCUCUGCGUCUUUGACAAGAGAAAGGACCUUGUUAUUCAUUAUUACUUCAUAGUGGCCCUUCUUCUGUCGAUAAAAGUAUAAUGUUGAAUGAGCUGUUGGUGCCAUAUUGUCAGCAACUGAUUCAGUUUGCACGCUGCAGUAUUGUAUUCGGUGAGGGAGUGGUGAAUGAUGCCACCUCUAUUGUGCUUUUCAAUGCAGUCCAAUCACUUGAUGUCAGCAACAUUGAUCUGCUUACAGCAUUGAAAUUCUUGGGGACCUUCCUUUACCUCUUCUUCACCAGUACUGCUCUUGGUAUAGCAGGACAAGGAGCUUGUCAUUUCCUUCAAUGGGAGGAUACUCAAGAAAUUACCACAAUUAAUGAUCUUGUAGAUGAAAGCAAACAUGGCAUAUCUGUAGAUUCUACUUCAACAAGCCAUGAGUUAGUCACUAAAAUGGGUGAUUUGAGUAUUAAUAAUUUAAAGAGGAAGUUUGAUUCACUAGAGAUGGAAAAUCCUCAACAUCUCCCAACUUCUGUGGCUGUACAUGAACAUUUUGAGAAAGAUCAAGAGCCUGUCAUAGAGAGGAGUGAACAUGAUGAGACUUCAGAGAAUUUAACAUCUACAAAGUAUAUUGAUCCAUCACGAGUUGAGGACUCUUCAAAUCUCCAAGACCUAGUUGUGCUGGAGGUUGAGUUGACUGCAAUACAAGGAAUACAUGGAGAAUCUAUUGGAGUAUCUAAUAUAUUUUUUGCUUUGGGGACAGAGCCCUUCAAAGAUCUUGAUAGAAUAUUCUCAGAGAUCGAGACUGAAUUUGAAGACCAAAGGGCAAAUAAUGCAAUAGAAGGAUGGGAGAACAUGGGUCAAGAAAAUGGACAUGUUCCUGCUCAGCACACUGUAAUUGAUCUUCAUUAUUACAGCACAGUUGAAGAGUUGGUGGAAGUGGGUCCUGAAAAGUUAAUAAUCGAAGCUUGCUAUAGGUACAAUUUAGAGCUACACAAGAAAGAAGAGAUUGCUGAGGAAAUUGCACGGUUGAGGAGUGCGGUUAGUGCUAUAACGGAGUCAAAGAAAUCUGCAAAGGGGGCUCCAGCACAACUUCUGGAUGCAUUUAGCAAGUUAGAGGUCAAUAAUAAUCGGAACCUAGAGAGGGCCAUGAAAGAGAUUACCUCAUGAGGGUUCCUCCCCCCAGUUCCCUACCACCUCAUCCAGGAUUCUCCAUGGUUAAGUCAAUGGCAAUGAGUGAGGUAUUGGAUGCGACCAAGGAGAAGAUGUUUUGCAAGCCUUGUUCCUGACAGCAGUGCAAAGGCACUUUGUAGGUAUACUGAAAUGGUUGAUGAUGUUAUCAGAACACAAGCUGAAAAAUUACAAGCAGCCAGUUAGUUAACCCGAGUAAGGCUCAAAGAGAUGGAAAUUCCUGAUUCCAUUCUAGCUUUAGAAGGGAAUUUCACUCUCCCAAUGGAGCUCAAAGAAGAUGUGGAGGCAGUGCAGAUAAGUGGGGGCCCUGCUGGUUUGGAAGCAGAGUUACAGCAACUUAGGGAUCUGAGGAGGGUCAACCAGGAAAUGCUGGUCCAGAUAGCAGAGUUACAGCAAAAUAUGAUUGCAUUAGUGAAGAUAUUGCCCACAAUAUUGAGGCACAAGAACAACUGUUGCUGCAAAUCCAGGCUCAGAAUGAUAAUUUUUCAACCAUCUUUAAUCUUGAAGAUUAUAAAGCAUCUCGUGAGAAAUGUUACUAGCAGAUUCAAGCUGCCAUAGCAAAGUUCCGAGAGAUUAAGGAGAACAGCAAUGAGGGACUGAAAUUUUAUGUUACUCUACAGUGCCGGGAAAUGACUGAAGAUGUGCAAAGACAAAUGGCGGGCCUCAGUUUCCAAGAUAAUAAAAACGCAGGUGCUUACAACAACUACCCUUCAGGCAUGAGUAUGGCCAACCUGCUUAUCCGGGGUGUCAAGGCCCAUACGACAAUGCCCAUGCACAACAAUCUGGAUCUCAUCCUCGGCCUCCUUACACCAUCCCAGCUCCAUACCUUCCUCCUCACCAAAGUGGCUACUAUAAGCAACAAUAGUGUAGCUGUGUAGCAUCUAUCCAUUUUGGCUAUAUAAUUUGAUUGUUUUUUAUAUGGAAUUUGUCACUUUGUUCCAUCCUUGGUUAAAUGGAUUCGAUUUAGCUAGAUCUUAUUUAUGAUCGUAUAGCCUCUUCAUAAUCUGUAUGCUGGUUUGCCUAAUGCUUUGUAUGUGAAUUGCAUAGCUUGUACAAGGAUUUUUCUAUGUACAGCUUUUAAAUUAUGUUGACAUUUACCGAAAUGAUACUAAUUUGAUAAAUAAAAAUCAUCUAUUUCACCUUUUCUGUUC